AUGGUUCGACCAAACGUCUUGACUGCGAUUGCGGCUUUCUGCCAUGUCGCCAAUGCUGGCUGCCCCUACAUGGACGGUGGUGAUGACUCCCAACACCCACCAGCUGGCCACCCCUCUGUCCGACGCGCUGAAGGCACUGCCAUGGGCACCGACGAGUUCAUGAAGCAGUAUGAAGUUGACGACAGCAAGGCCUUUCUCACCAGCCCUGUUGGAGGCCCGAUCCCUGAUCAGGACACUCUGUCGGUUGGCGAGCGAGGUCCAUCACUGCUCGAAGACCAAAUCUUCCGCCGCAAGAUUAUGAGCUUUGAUCAUGAGCGUGUUCCCGAACGUGCCGUGCAUGCUCGUGGUGCUGGUGCUCACGGCGUCUUCAAGCCAUUUGGAGAUUGGUCUAACAUCACUUGUGCCUCGUUCCUGAAAUCUCCCGAAAAGGAAACGCCAGUGUUUAUCCGAUUCUCUACCGUUGCAGGCAGCCGUGGUUCGCCAGACACUGCACGAGACGUCCACGGCUUUGCCGUCAGGUUCUACACUGACGAGGGCAACCUGGACAUUGUUGGAAACAACGUCCCUGUUUUCUUCAUCCAGGAUGCCAUCAAGUUCCCUGACCUUAUCCAUGCUGUCAAGCCGCGCCCAGACAAUGAAAUCCCACAGGCAGCUACGGCUCACGACACCGCCUGGGACUUCUUUAGCCAACAGCCUAGCAGCAUGCACACGCUCAUGUGGGCCAUGAGCGGACAUGGUACUAUUCGCUCCUACAGGCACACCGAUGGCUGGGGUGUCCAUACCUUCCGCUUUGUGCAAGAUGAUGGAAAGUCCAAGCUUGUCAAGUUUAGGUUCAGGUCCCUCCAAGGCAAGGCUGCACUUCUGUGGGAAGAGGCGCAGACCACGGCAGCAAUGAACGCCGACGCCCACCGUCAAGAUCUGUUUGAAAGCAUUCAGAGCGGAUACUUCCCUGAAUGGAUCUUUGAGGCUCAAAUCAUGGAAGAGGCUGACCAGCUACGAUUCGGAUUCGACCUGCUCGACCCUACCAAGAUUGUGCCCGAAGACAUUAUUCCUUUCACGCCUCUCGGAAAGCUGACGCUGAACCGCAACCCCCGAAACUACUUUGCCGAGACUGAGCAGAUCAUGUUCCAACCCGGCCAUCUCGUUCGCGGAGUUGACAUUACUGAUGACCCCCUUCUUCAGGGCCGCAUGUUCUCGUACCUCGACACUCAGCUCAACCGAAACUCUGGUCCAAACUUUGAGCAGAUUCCCAUCAACCAGCCACGCGUGCCCGUGCACACCAACGAACGCGAUGGAGCGGGUCAAAUGUUUAUCCCCUUGAAUGUCGCCGCUUACACCCCCAACACGCUCAACGGCGGCUUCCCCGCACAGGCAAAUCAAACCGAAGGCCGCGGCUUCUUCACCGCGCCCGAGCGAUCUGCCAGCGGCAAGCUUGUGCGCUCGACCUCGAGCACGUUUGCCGAUGUGUGGUCGCAGCCCCGUCUGUUCUACAACUCGCUGUCGGCGGUGGAGCAGCAGUUUAUCAUCAACGCCAUUCGCUUCGAGACUUCGCAUCUCAAGAGCGAGGUUGUCAAGAAGAACGUGCUGAUUCAGCUCAACCGCAUCAGCAACGACAUUGCUAACCGCGUCGCCAUUGCCCUUGGUAUGGAUGCCCCGGCACCUGACACCAAGUACUACCACAACAACAAGACGAUUGGUGUCAGCCCCGGUGGCGAGCCGCUGCUCAAGAUCGAGGGUCUCAAGGUGGGCUACCUCACGUCGUCGACGGUCAACCAGGACGCGCCCGGGAAGCUCAAGGAGGCACUCAAGGAGCAGAAGGUGGGCCUGACGAUUGUUGCUGAGCAGCUGGGUGCGGGCAUUGACCAGACGUACUCGGCCACGUCUGCGGUCAACUUUGAUGCCAUUAUUGUCGAUGGAGGCGCAGAGAGCCUGUUUAUGCCGGCGGGCAACCUGGCCAACUCCAACUCGACGCGCCGCAGCACACUGUUCCCUGCUGGCCGUCCUCUUCAGAUUCUGCAGGACGGCUACAACUUUGGCAAGCCGGUGGCUGUGGCGGGCGCAAGCAACAAGACGUUGACGGCUGCCGGACUUGUGGCCAACACGCCCGGAGUCUUCACAUUUGCCACGGCCUCUGACACGGCAGCCAUUGUUACGCAAAUCUCCGAGGGUCUGCGCACGUUCAAGUUCCUGGACCGCUACCCAUUGGACGGCAAGUAGGAGUGGGAGAGGCCAGGUCGCGUGCGCGUGGUGUGAGAAGUUUGUGUUCCAUAGUCGCUUUGUGUGUAUACAGUUUCGAUUAUCGGCCCUUUUGGCAUUAUCC